UUUGCUGCAUUGUGGGCGGAAUCUCUAGUUACAAACUUAAUACACUGCACUGAAUGGAAGUUAAAAUUGCGGCUUUUUAUGUUUUCAGAUUGAUAAAGGAUUUGAUUUAUGUCGCUAUAAUUCGGUUUGUGGCUGUCGUUUUAAAGAUAACGCUAACAUUAGCUAGCUCAGCACCUGUUAAUCAAAAGAGCAUCUUUGUUUACAUUUAGCGAGUGUAGCUAUGCUAACUACUUACUGUACUGUUUUUGCUAUAGCCACAAAUCCUUACAUUACAGGUGUGGAUUAUGGCCUUUAGGUUAUCUAUUAGACCUUCAUGUAGUGAGUGCUCCGUGAAAUAUUUCAAGAUGACCCCAGUAAGAGUUUAUUAGUUGGAGCUCGGACUUUUUGAGUUUUAGUGUACAGUGUGCAUUUGGGAAGAGGAUUCCUGCUCUUCUGACCUACAGACUCCUGAUGUUCCCAUGUCUCAGCCAGAAGACUGGUCUGAAAAAAAGAGACCACUCAGUGGGACGGUAGAGAGAGGUGCUGCUGCCUUUUUAUCUUUAUCUUUCCAGCUCUGAGUUGGUCUUAGCCAAAGCCAGGACAGUAGAGAUGGAGUCUGUUUCAUUAAGGAAGAAGAUGGGCUGUCUGCGUCAGGAGAAUGCUUGUCUGAUGAGGCCGGAUGAACUGCUCAGUAGUGACCUGGAUGCCAGACAGUAUGAAUCUGCAACUUCUACAUCUCAGGUUCGCCCCAGAUGUCCCAAGGCUGGGGUUAAAAACAAUGUGUCAGUCAUGUAUGAGUGGAUUCAUCAGCUUGAAUCAGAGUUGGAGGCACAGACACAACAACUGAAGGAAGCAGAGCUGAGGGCCGAUUACAGCCAGGAAGCAGCAGCCCACAGUGACAUUGUGGUGGCAAGUGUCACUGAGGAGAUGAAUAUGCUCAGAGAGGAGCUGGAGAAUAAGACAGCACUCCACAAACGGGCUGAACAACAGAGAAACCAAGCACUGCAGAAUGCAGAGACACUCAAAGAAGCUUUUAAAGACUACAAGGCCAAGAUUUCUAUUAAAUUUCAGAGGGUGAUGGAGAGUGAGAGCAAACUGAAAUUAAGUCUUAUUGAAUGUGACAGAGAAAAAGAAGAGCUUGAAAUGAAGGGCUCUGUGUUGAAGAAAGAGAAAGCAGAACAGAUCCAAACGAUCAGUCAGCUGAAGGAGGAGCUGAGGCAGGCCAGGUGUUUGGCCGCGGAACGCUCAGACCUCCAGGCUCAACUCGAGGAGACCAAGCAGCAAGCAUCACGUCUGGAACGGCAGCUAGCGGAGCAGGAGGCAGCGUGCCGGGAGCAGGCCUCUGCCCGCAGGGAGCUAGAGGAGCUGCGCACUCUGAUCCACAGCCAGGAGCAGAGGGUGGCCCAGAGCCUCAGAGAGGCUCAGCAGAGUCAGGCGGAGCUGGCCAGUCUGGAGACCAUCCUGUCACUGCUGCAUUUACGAGAGGGUGCUGUGGGGCCACUCUGUGCCAGGCCCUGCAUGUUGCCUCCAGUCAACUACUUAGGAACUGCACACCCUCUGAAACUUAAGCCUGGUGAGGGCUACCAGCAGCUCCUGCAGGUGCUGCAGUCGUCAGAGUCUGAGCGAAUUAAACAGAACAGCCUGGUUGAGCGGCUCCAGGAGCGCCUGAGCAGAGCCCAGGAGGAGAUCUCUUCCCUGCAGAGCUCCAUGGCCCAGAGAGCCUCUCACUAUCAGAGCCUCCACACAGAGCUGCUGGACAAAGUCAGCCAAGCCACUGACACAGAGAAAGAGUUGAAAAGGAAAAGCGCCCGUGUGGCAGCACUAGAGAAACAGUUACAGGAAAAAACAUCUGCUUACAGUCAGGUGGCUUUAAAGAACACUGACCUGGAGAAUCAGCUUUUGGAGAAGACCAGCACUCUUCAGCAUUACCAGUCAGUGAUGACCAAAAAACAGAGAGAAUACCAGCAAUCUUUGGAGAAAUGUAAAACAUCCCAAUCUCAACAGAGCACUGAGCAACAACACAGACUCGAGAUGCUGCAGUUGUCUAUAGAAGAGGCUCGGUCUCGAGCGCUGGAGUUGGAACAGAAGCUGAAUUUAAUCCAGCAGGAGCGAGACAAGGCACAGGAAGCAGCUCUACUGCUGCAGACCUCUGUGGACCAACUUACACAGGAGAAGCAGGUUCUGGUGAGACGUAACGAGGAGUUGCUGCAGGACUUAAAGGAUCAGGCAACUCAGUCUGCCACUAAGGUGUGUGAGCUACAGCUGUGUCUGUCAGCAUGUAGAGAAGAGCUGGGCACAUACCUGCAGCAGAUGGAGGACGUACAGAAGAACUAUGACAGUGAGCUGCAGAAGAACAAGGAGAAGAUGGGUUCUCUGCAGGAGAAGCUCCAUAGCACCAGCCUGGUUUGUCAGAGCUCCAGUGAGCAGAACCUGCAGCUGCAGCUCUCUCUGCAGCAGCAGCAGGCCAUGUUGACAGAAAGCACUGCACGCAUCGCUGAACUGGAGGAGAGCCAGAGCCAGCUGCAGAAACAGGUGUCCACUCUGGAGCAGCAGCUCGAACGAGCCCGAGUCUCUCUGCAGGAUGAGGUGACGAGCAAAGAGCAGGACGUACUGGAGAAAGACCGAGACCUGCAGGAGAUAAAGCAGAAGAACUACGAACUCUCCAAGUCUGUCAGCCGUUUGACAUCUGAGAUGAAAAAGUGCGAAGGGGAGCUGAUGGCUAAUGAGUCAGAGCUGCAGCGUCUGAGGAGGGAUGUUUCAGCCAAAACAUCUCAGCUCAGGUGCAUGGAUGAGAAUCUGCAACACACGAAGAGCCAGCUGGACAGCAAGAAUGACACUGUUGUGGACCUGGAGCAGAAGCUUCAUCAGUGUGAUGCAGACCGGCGCGACUGUGUGAAGAGGGUUCAGGUCCUGGAGGAACAGCUGCAGGUCGCACGCGGGGAGCUGGUUGAUACUGUGAAGCAGCUCCGCGAACACAGGGAUGUUCUGCAGAGAACUCAGACCCUUGCAGAUGAGCGACAAGCCUCUCUGGAAAAAAUGACCGUCCAGCUUAGUGAGACCCAGAGGGAUUUGGAAGAAAGGACUCAUGAGGUCCUAGACCUUGACAAUGCACUGAAAGAAAGACAGGGGGAGCUCCAACAGAGGGCACAGCUGCUUGGCCAACUGGACGUGGCCAUCAAAGAACACAAGCAGGAGAUGGAGAGGAGGGUGGAGGCUCUGCAGCAGAGCCUGGAGGCCAGAGAGAGAGAGCUGAGAGACACACAGAGGGAGCUUUCAGACAGAACCCAGAAGGAAUCCCAGGAGCUGAAACAGCAGCUGCAUAUGUGUCAGCAGAAACUUCAGACUGUAAUGAAAGACCUUGAAGAAAGGCGACAUCAUUGUGAGACUUUGACCCGAGAACUGGACAGCAUCAAGCUGCAGGCUGAAGAGAAGGAGGUCCAGCUGUGUGGCGUGGAGGAGGAGCUGGCUCUGAAGGAGGCGCGCUGGCUGCAGGCGGAGGCCAGGCUGCAGGGCACGGUGUCCUCCCUGGAGAAGGAGCUGGAGCUGGAGAGGGAGCAGCACAGCAAGGAGCUGGACUCGCUGCAGCAGACCCGGGGCCAGCUCCUCAAAGUCUCCGAGCAGAUCUCCUCUACGAUGCGAUCGUCCCAGGAGCAGCUCGCGGCUAAACUUCAACAGUGCCAAAAGCAGCUGGAGCAAACCAGCAGCAAGUGCGAGCAGCACAAAGCCCAGCUGGAGCAGGCUGACGGUGAAUUGGACCGGGCCCGCUCCCGGGCCGCUCACCUUGAGGCACAGCUGGGCCUAAGCCAGAGUGAGCUCCUUCAGUGUAAAGCCCAGCUGGAGCAGAGCAGGAGUCUUUAUGAGCAGACCAGAGCUCAGAACAGUCACCUGCUCGCUCAGCUGGAGGAGCUCAGAGUCCAGUUAACUCAGUCUAGAGUCCAUGUUGCUCAGCUCAAGACUCAGCUGGCAGCCUCUGAGAAAACCAUGGAGACUUCCACCGAGUCCCUCCUCAUCAAGGAUUCGGAGGUGACGCGUCUCCAGGCCAGGAUUUCCAGUCUGGAGAGAGCUGCUGAUUUCCAGAAUCUGUACAAUCAAACAGUGUCUCUGUCGGCUGUGCACAAACUCACACCCUCCCCCGGGCGCUCGUCCUCUGGGCACUCCACUACUUCAUCCCCUAAGAAACGCCCCCCUUCCGCUUGUCUCAGCGGCCCAGCACACACACAGGGUCAGCCCGCGGCGGCUCCUCAGUUACCUGAGAGUCACCGGACCCACAGCUGGUUCCAGAACAGCAGCGUUGAGUCGUCCCUGGACUUCCCCCUGAGCCUGAAGGCUACGCUAAGUGAAGCUUUAAGGAAGCAGCCGUGGGAGUCGUCUUCCUCCUCCUCCGUCUCCCCUUUCCCAGACACUGCGGACCACAGCUGGCAGGGGCUCAGCCGUGCGGAGGCCACAGCGUCCUCUGACCUCUCCUUCAACCCACUCACAUACAUGGUGGACAAGCAGGAGGACGGCUACCCCGACGGCUCCGUGCAGCAGGGGGACGAGUGGAGGAGAGCGUCUGCGUGCGAGGAGCGGGAGGUGGAGAUGGGAACACUGACGGGGAUGCUGAGGUUUGUGAAUCAGACGUUGGCCAUGCAGGAGGACCCUUCCCUCUGGAACUCCACGGGACUUUCACAGACAUGACACUGCCUUUCGCUGCAGGUAACUUACCUGUGAUGAAGAUCGGCGAGGAGACGCGAGGAAGAGUUGCUUACGAUGCCUUUUUUUGGAAUCAAGCUUUGUUAUUGUUUGCCAGGAAAUUAUUAAAUUAUCGGUCCAGUUGAGGAAACUUUUCCUUUUCCUGCCUCAAAAUGAUCCUCUGUCACGAUGAUGCAAACCUAUUUAAUGUAAAUGUAGCAUUACGUGGUUUCACCCACACAUAGUUAUUUAAUUCUAAAUAACGAAAUAAAAGUUAGUUUUAUUUUAAUAUACAUAAGUAUUGUGUUGUUGUACUUUCAGCAGCUGUUUGCAUGCUCCCACGGUCGUCCCUAAUGUGGAGUUGCGCUUCUAGAAAAACCAGCAGGGUUCUGUCUGGGGGAGGAAUGUUUGGCCCAAGAUCAUGGAAUCUGCUCCAGACAAGCUGGUUAAAGGGGGUUUGGCAGCGUGAUGAGGUUACAUAACAUAACAGGGCAUCCAGUUUUACUCUCCUAUUCACCUCAUCAGGAUAUAGGAAGUCAAUUUGAUCGGUCAGUUUGUUCUUCUGAAGCCAGAGUGACUGUUUGGUGAAGGUGGUAACAGACAACCUACUGGAGGUUUAACCCUCUAAGGCCAGCAGUGUCACGUUAGAGUCUGGGAAAGAAUCUGCCAGGUUUAUCUUUUCAAAGUGUUAUGGGCAAAAUUAAAUAUUUCAGUUGUUUUUAGUUUUUAAAAUGAGCACUAAUGUGUUCUCAUGUUGUCAUUUUGGAUUAUUCUGUGCAAAUGAUUUUGUGUUUUUCAAACUACAAAAAGAGGAGGAGUGUGUGUUUCCAAAGCAACCGUGGAGUGUUUGGUUUGGCAGGCGGGGCCUCGUCCUACAUGUGUGCAGCGCUUCAUGUUUACAUUUGUGUGUGUGUGUGUGUGUUUUAUGGAGGCAGGGACUGCAGUCCUUCCUCUCAGGACGCCAGCCUGCUCUACACAGGCCCUCUGGGCUCCAGCAGACGCUACCCCUGGUAGUGAUUUUAGCGUCGGGGUCUUUGUCAUUUUGCAUGUGAAGCCUUUUUUGGAGCAGAGGAUGUGGUCAAAUCGUGGUCGAACGCACGUCACAGAUCUGCUCUACUUCCCCUGCAGAGCUUCACCGAAAAACAUGUCUCCUAAUGUCUCCACUGUGCACACAUUAUUAAUAUUACAUAAUAAUAUAGCAGUUCUCAUUUUUGCAGGGAAGCAGUUGAGAAUAUUUGACUGUUACAGAAUGUGUUAAUAAAGAAACCAUUUUGUUAGCAAAAUGUCUUUGCUUUGUGAA